GCCUUCUCCCCUUCGAAAAAAAAAUCAUCAAAAAGGAAAAAAAAAACUCUCCGCGAACGCGCGAACGCCUCCGCUUCCGCCGCCGAGCACCUCGCAUGCGCCGCCUCCGCCGCGCGAGCUCGCCGCAAAUGGGCGCUCGCUCCAGGUCGGGCUCGGCGAGAGCAGCGCGCGCGCGGCCAGGCGCGCGGCUGAAGGUGGGAGAUGGGCGAGCUGGGGGAGCGGGGCGCCGGAGCGGCGGUGGCGGCGGCGUUCCCUCGCCGCCGCUCCGCGCCUGCGAUUGGAUGAAGGUUGCAGCAAUCCGGGGGGUGGUUUUUUUUUUUUUAUGGGGUCCUGUGGGCGGAGUAGAACACGCAAAUCAUGAGGAAGGUGGUGACAAAAUUGCAACGGAAAUUUCUUGGAUUUAAAUGCAGCAGCGAGGAGGGGAAAGGAGCUCAUCGUUAGGGUUUCGAGCCAGAUUUGGGGAGGCCUCUCACAUCCUCCGCCGCCGCCGACGACGACGCCCGACGACGGGUGAUCUUGUGCUCUUCGGAGGAAUCACGAGAGCUUGGCUGAGGGUUUUCCUGUGGGCGGAGUAGAACACGCAAAUCAUCAUGAAGGUGGUGAGAAAAUUGUAACUGAAAUUUUUGGAUUUAAAUGCAGCAUCGAGGAGUGGAAAGGAGUUCAUCCUUAGGGUUUUGAGCCAGAUUUGGGGAGGCCUCCACAUCCUCCUCUCUCGCUCAGCCGCUGACUCAUCUCGGGCAGCGACUGGUGAUCUUUGCGCUCUCCGGAGGAAUCGCGAGAGCUUGGCUAAAAGAAACUGAAAGGCAGUAGCACUCAGUGUACUGCUACUACCAGGAAUAUUGAAGAUGGCUUCCUCUAUUUCUGUUAUGGCAUCUGCUGGUCGCAAUCGUGGCGUAGGAUUUGCAAAGCUUCAAGGUGAAGAUUUCGAGUACUUCAUGCAAACUUAUUCAAUCAUCUUGGGACGCGAUAGCAAGAGAGAAAAGGUAGAUCUUGACAUCUCUGGUGGAGAUCUUACUAUUUCCCGCCAUCACGCACACAUAUUCUAUGAUUUUGAAUGCAAGCGGUUUUCCCUUCUAGUCCUUGGUAAAUGUGGAUGCACUGUUGAAGGUGUCCUUCACCUUCCAGGUGGUAGUCCUAUUAAACUGGACUCCCAAGACCUCCUUCAGAUUGGACAUAAGAAAUUCUACUUUCUCCUGCCAACUCGAUCUAUCUUCGGCACCUCCUCUAAUCAGCAUGGCCCUAGUGCCUCUGCUGCUUUUCAGCCUGCUAACAAUGGCACCGCUGCUGAUGAGCAUAAUCUCACUGCAAGUGCUGCUGCUCAGCCUGCUCAUAUUGGCACCGCCGCUCCUCCUCCUCAUAUUGGCACUGCUCAACCUGGUCAAAUUGGCAUCGUCACUCUUCCUCCUGCUCAUAUCCAGAACAAUGCUGAAAAUGAAAAUAUAGCUGGCAUUGAAACACAAGAGGAAUUCAUGAAUCAAAACAAGAUGCCUUUUGGUGAAUUGGAUACAUGCAGCAGCCACCACAUCACAAUUGAGCCAACAUUAGCACCUGGCGGUCAGCCUGUCAAUAAUUUAGCAAUAAGACCAGCAGACAAUAAUAAAGACCAGCAGGAGGUCCUUCUAAAGGAAGAGGAAUAUGUUCUCGCAUCUAUUGGAAUCGUGAUAUCUGACCUAUGUGGUCUUAAAAAGAUGAUUCCUAUUGAAAAACUCCAUUCAGAGCUCGUUGCGUGUUACAGUGCAACAUGGCCCCAGCGCCAGGUCCAGAUGCACCUGGCACCAGAGGCUGGCUCUUCAGCAGCUGGAACAGAAUGCAAACCGUGGCUCAAGCUGAUGUACCUACUAAGGAAGUACCCAGAACGCUUUACUGUCAUGAAUUCAUCAUGUGAUGAGGAGGGCAGGCAACAUCGGUGUAUGUUACGCUGAACUCCUUGUGGCCUUGUUGAUGAAAUUGCAGGAGAGGGAAGCUUCAUGAAACAUACAGCAACAUAUCAGGGAGUUUUUCGCCUUGGAGGUUGCUCAGAUCAAACAUUACUCCAUGGUUAAGAGAAUUGGAGACUGUAUAUAUCCCCAGCUCCUGUAGUAUGAGAGCUUUCAUGUUGUCUUGUAAACCUGUUUGUGUGUUUCUUUAGGCGUCUGUACUCUUUAUGGUGAUGGUACUGUUUGUGUGUUCUUAAAAAGAACCUGAACUUGGCAUUAGUUGAUGGUCCCAUGUGGUGAUGGUACUGUUUGUGUGUUCUUAAAGAGAACCUGAAUUUGGGAUUGGUUGAUGGUCCCUUGUGGUGAUGGUACUGUUUGUGUGUUCUCAAAGAGAACCUGAAUUUGGGAUUAAUUGAUGGUCCGUUUCCUGAGCUAA